CCUCCCUUUGGAUGACUGGCUACUAGACCACCUCAGGCCAGCAGCAAGAUCAUGGCUGGCUGCAACAGACAGAGGACAACAGGGGACCUGGGAUCUAGUGUUCAGGGGACAACAGGAGACAAAGAAUAAUCCCUGGGCCAAGAAGCAGCCAAGAUAUCAAGACAAGGAUGUGGAAUUUCAGGGACAUCUCAGAGUCAGCGGAAGCGGGGCGAACACCUUGGCUCAGGGCUUUGGAGAAAUGGAAUUCGUUAAGGAGCAGGGAAAGGGGAGCGCAAGUCGUUGGCCCUGUCCUGUCCAGGGAGCACACACACACGCGGGCAGGAGGCAGCUCCUUCGCGUCCACAGAGCCGCCUUUCUUCUCCAGGAAAAGUGACUCUUUCACAGCCCUUGGAGGGAAGGAAAUGGAAAGUCCCGCAGCAUCAGGAGCCCCUCUCCCCUCAAGAGGGCUUUCUGCUUCUCCAGCUCACAGCAUGGUGCCUGAGGAUCUCAGCUCACAGCACGGUGCCUCCCACAUUCAGAAUGGCUUUCCCCUCCUCAGCUCCUCCUUUCUGGAACCACCCUCAGACAGACUCAGAGGGAGAAAGUCUACAUCACAAGACGCAGUAAGGAUGGGAAACAGUACGCGUCCAGAGACACAGCUGGAAGUGGAACACCCAGAAAACACCGAACUCCCUCUGACACUACUUGAAAAACACAGCCCUUGGCCGGCCUACGUCACACACACCUCCCUGGCAGUCAGGCGGCUCAUUGACAAGAGCCGAGUCCGCGAGCUGGAGUGCAUGCGCGCAGCUGAGGAGAACCGCAAGUCCGUGAAACAGAGCAAAACCAGCUUCAUGAUGCUGAAAAGGAAGAAGUCCUCCAAGUUCUCGGAACUCGUGCUGAAGGAUGCCCUGUCAGGAUCCAGGCUAUCCACGUGGGACCAUUUCUCGGCAACAAACGUGAGUCCCAUAUUCUUCCCAGAACCCGAGCAACUGCAAAUGGAAGCCAGAGAGGGUCCCACGUUCAACUACAACAAGAUCAUUUUCUCCAAGAGGCCUGCGACGAGGAAGCUCCCAUAUGGCUUGCUACAGGACAGCAAGGAGACAAAUGCCAAAGGAUAACCAAGAGCCAGCCCUGCAGCCGUCCCCUGAGGAUGUACAACAGCCACCCUCCAUUUGCUACAAAUUACACCAUGUCUUUGAAA